GUAGAUUCAGUUUAAAGUCGUAUGCUCCCGUUGUAGAAGACCCGGGGUGUUCACUGGGUUUUCUCAUUCAUUAAAUCGUUUUUAUUUAUUUUUUUUUGGAGGAGAAAGACCACCUUGCAACACGCUUUCACAGACAUUACCAAUUGCUACCUGCAGUGUGUUCUGUGGACACCCGUGUUCUUGACGUCACAGGCCACCACCGCCCUACACAGUCAGCUCGGUGAUUUCAGUUGAUGCGGGAGAGCGGAGCCGAGGCCUUUGGUGUAUGUAGACGGAUUAUUUGGAGAUAUCACCACUUAUUAAAAUUACAAAAAGGACAAAAGAAGCAGCGACUUAAAUCUCAGGGAAUUUCUUUCUUUUGAUGUCUGAAAGGCAUCGCGAGUGCAUCCCGGUGAAUGUGGGUUUCUGCAGCUGUGAGCUUUAGGGAGUUUUCCUGAAUGCAGCGGCGGGGGCAGAGGACAUCAACACCGGGAGGCAUUUAAAGGAAUUGCAAACUGGCAGUGAAUGAAAAAUAAAAAAUAAAAAUAUAUAUAUAUAUAUAUAUCGUUUGAUUCCAGGAAAGGUGUGUUGCUUAGGAGUCGCAAGUCAUCAGGAAUGCCAUUUUAGGGUUGGGUCAGCAGUUUGUUUAAGGAUACAUGAGCGGCGUGACUCACACAGCGACUAUUGAGUGAAGAAUAUUUUACAGUUUUAGUGGAUUUCACCCUGUGACGAGAUAGUAAAGUUGAAGCUUUUGAUAUAUUAUUUGCUUCAAGGGGAAAAAAAGAACAGUACGACUUAUUUUGAAGAUUUGAAUCCUGAGAGAGGGGAUUUGAUUGACUUGACACUGGUAGUUUAGUCGUCAAGCACUUCCAUGGAAACUCGUAAGGGAACGUAAUUCGUUUUUAUUUGUAAUAUUCUAGUUUAGCGAAUUUAACAAUGACCAUCCAUAAAACGGUGCAAGCGUUUGAUAAAAUAAGUUAGACGCGUAUUAAUUUGAAUGGCAUUGCGAAGUUCCUAAGCCCAGACAAAUUGUGCUGUGCCAAACGGUUAUUUAUUUAUUUAUUUAUUUUUAAAAUAUCUUUCGGAAAUGCCUUUGAAGUGAGAGCCGUCAGAAUGUCUAAAGCGGCCACCAAGGAGAAAAAAUCCUUCAGCAAGAAACUGUUCAGGAAAGGAACCGUGCGAUCGGCGGGGAGUUUUAUGAGUCGAGUCCUCAAAACCCUCUCCACUCUAUCUCAUUUCGGCACCGAGGAACACACGGUAGAGGCUGACAAGGAUGAUGGUGGCUUCACGACCUUCAAGACUGGUGGCAAAAGCUCGGGUACAUCUGAUGUGGGCGACUGUGAAGGCUUCCUGCCGACUGGGGACAGGAUCCCCGGGUUAGCAGGGCUGAAGAACCAUGGCAACACCUGCUUCAUGAAUGCUAUCCUUCAGUGUCUGAGCAACACCGAGCUGUUCGCCGAGUAUCUUGCACUGGAGCAGUACAGAGGGGACGAUGAAGAGGAGCAGCCCAAAUCCAAUGGGGUGCUGUUUCAAAAGAAAGGCGCACAGGAGAGAGGAGAGGUAACGGAGCAGCUUUCUGGUCUGGUCAGAGCUCUGUGGACUUUUGAAUACACCCCGCAACACAGCCGGGAGUUCAAGAAUGCAGUAUCGAAGAACGCUCUGCAAUACCGGGGGAAUGCUCAGCAAGAUGCCCAGGAGUUCCUGCUGUGGCUUCUGGACCGGGUGCAUGAAGACCUGAACAACAGGGUGAACCCGCAUGCUAGACCCUCCAUAAAGCCUCCGAUAGAAGAAGAUGGAGCUUCUGAAGGACCGUCCCUUCCAGUCGCUAGCACUUUUGUACAAGAGCUUUUCCAGGCCCAGUACAGGUCUUCGCUGACUUGCCCUCACUGCCAGAAACAGAGCAACACUUUCGAUCCCUUCCUGUGCAUUUCUUUACCGAUCCCUCUGCCUCACACCCGACCUCUGUACGUCACCGUGGUUUACCAAGGGAAAUGCUCUCACUGCAUGAGAAUCGGAGUGGCGGUGCCCUUGACCAGUACAGUGUCCAGGCUACGCGAAGCUGUGUCACAGGAAACAAAGAUCCCUACUGAUCAGAUAGUAUUGACGGAGAUGUAUUAUGAUGGAUUUCACCGGUCCUUCUGUGAUGAUGAGGACGAUCUGAACUCUAUCCAAGAAAGUGAUUGUAUUUUUGCUUUUGAAACUCCAGAAAUAUUCAGGCCAGAAACCAUUCUAAAUCAAAGAGGGCUGCAUGCAAAUUUAAACCAGAACAACCUGAAGUAUGGCACAGAGCAUAACAGGACUUCUUCAUACAUGCAUGGAGCAGUGAUGCCUGUGUUAUGUCCCAAUAAAAACAGCAGAAGUGAGAAGAUCAUUCUCCUGGUUUGCAACAGGGCGUGUAUGGGGCAGCAGGGCAGAAGGUUCGGCCACCCCUUCGUGCUGUGCGUGGAGCAGACUGUGACCUGGGAUGUCCUACAGAAAGAAAUCCUGGAGAAAAUGCGCCACCUGUUAAGGCCUGGUGUGUAUAUUCAGGUUGGCCCUUUUAGCCUGCGUGUAGUCGGAGUUGUGGGGAUUACAUACCUGUUACCUCAAGAAGAACGGCCGCUUUGCCACCCCACUGUGGAAAGAGCAUUCAAAUCUUGUGGUCAAGGCGGGCCUCCUCAUGUAAAGGUAGUGGUGGAAUGGGACAAAGAGACCAAGGACUAUUUGUUCGGGCACACCGAGGAUGAGUACGUCCCUGAUUCAGAAAGUGUGCACCAGCAGAGAGAGCAGCACCACCAGCCUCAGACCUGCACCCUCUCGCAGUGCUUCCAGCUGUACACCAAAGAGGAACAGCUGGCUCCCGAUGAUGCAUGGCGCUGUCCUCACUGUAAGCAGCUGCAGCAGGGAAGCAUCAAGCUGAAUCUGUGGACCCUUCCUGAUGUUCUCAUACUGCACCUGAAAAGGUUCAGGCAGGAAGGCGACAGGAGAAUGAAAAUGCAGAACAUGGUCAAGUUCCCCCUAACUGGCCUGGACAUGACCCCCCACGUAGUGAAGCGCAGUCAGAGCAGCUGGAGCUUGCCCUCCCAUUGGUCACCCUGGAGACGGCCCUAUGGACUGGGCAGAGACCCUGAAGACUACCUGUAUGAUCUGUAUGCUGUGUGCAAUCAUCACGGGACAAUGCAUGGAGGCCAUUAUACAGCUUACUGUAAGAACUCGGUCGAUGGCCAGUGGUACUGUUUUGAUGACAGUGAUGUUCAGCCGAUCGCGGACGAAGAUCUUUGCAAACAGACUGCGUAUAUCCUGUUUUACCAGCGGAGGACCACCAUUCCAUCCUGGUCUGCCAACAGUUCUGCAGCAGGCUCCACAAGCUCGUCUCUGUGUGAUCACUGGGUCAAUAGGCUACCUGGUAGCAAGCCGCCCAGCGUUGCCUCUGCAGCGUCUUCAAGGCGCACUUCGCUGGCAUCUCUCUCGGAAUCUGUGGAGUUUGCAGGGGACCGGAGCGAGGAUGAGGGAGGAUUCUCAACCCGACCUUUUGUAAAAAGUGUCCAACGCCAGAGCUUAUCUUCCAGAUCUUCAAUGGCUAGCCCUUUAACGAUUAAUGAAAAUGGAAGCAAGCCCUUGUGGUCACUGUCAGCCAAACUCCAAAUGAGAUCCAGUUCCCCAUCACGCUUCUCCUUAGAUUCACACUCUUCUUCUACUUUAGAAAGGAUCGGGGAAGCAUGUGAUGAUAAAGUCUCUACUUCCUGCUUUGGGAGCUCCAGUAAACACGAGCACAAGUCCAGCGGGAAAGCACCUCUCGCCGUUAUGGAAAACAUAGCAAGUGAUGAGAACAGUCACAAGAGAUCCAGCACGUGUCUAAAUGAGCAGUAUACCAAGAGUACAACACAGACAGAGAAGAAGGUGUCCAAAGCAGACUCUAUAGAUAACAACAACCAAACAAACUCUGUCGAUCAGAGUCGUUCUGGUCACGGCUCUUCAUCGAAAGAUACAAGACAUCGAAGCAGCUCAGGGGCGUCGGGUCAGAAAGCCGAGAGCACAGCAGCUCCUGCAAGGAGCUCCUCCAAGGCAGUUCUGGAGCAGGAGAAGAGUUCAAAGUCAUCUGCUGCUUCUCAAGCUUCCUCCAGUCCCCAAGGCAAAAGCUCCCAGAAGACGACUAGUUUGAAAGUCAGAGCAGAUUCUACCAAGCCAGGGAGCCAGAAAGCAUCUUCAUCAUCGGCUCAGUCCAAAAAGGAUUCCUCCCAAAAAACUAAUUCCGGUGCCACACCUCAGAAGCACGGGGUAUCUUCACCUCAGUCCUCUUCGCCAUCGCCAGCGGGGAAGACGACGUCGGCAGCAACCGAGAGGAGCGCUUCCACCCCGUCUGCUGGGAGGAAAAAGCUGUCCGAAAGGAGCCUGAGCAGGGAGUCCUCUUGCAUAAGCCCCCUUGCAGAGACACCUGGUGUGGCCAGAACCAGCAGCUCUACCAGGUCUUUGCUGGUGAAAGGGAGUGACAGCGUUCGAGUAGAGCGCAGGCCAGUUAGAAGCUCCAGCAGCAGUUCUUCUGUUACAAGCUUGCGAUCUCCCAGUGUUUCCUCGAAGACUGAUCUCCGAAGGAACAGCAAGUCAGAGGACAAAGGGUUGUCGUUCUUUAAAACCGCGCUGCGGCAAAAGGAGACUCGCAGGUCAGCAGAUUUCGGCAAGACCACGAUUCUGUCUAAGAAAUCCCAAGAAGCAGUCACGAAAUCUAGUAUGAGAAAUGGCACCGGGGCAGUUGAGGGGACAAGUAAGGUGACAAGUAAGUCACCAGAACCUAAAACAGGCAAGGCUUCUGUGAAAGAAAAGGAGUCUGCUAAGAGCUCCACCCCUGUCAAACGGUCUUUAUUGUCUGCAAGUAAAGCAAAGUCUUCCACACCAGAAAUAGGUGCUCAGUCUCCUGCUAAUGGGAAAAAGCCACUUGAAAAGACAUCAUCCUCCAGAAAGCUUUCUUCCAACAUGCAAUCAUCCGCACGGUCUGUUCUGAAACCUCAGUGAUAUUUUGCAUAGCAGUUUAUUUAUUUUUUCUGGUAAUGCAGCUAAUUUUUGAUUAUUUUUCUUUUGUUGAUGUGCCUAAUAUAAAUUAUAUAUUUUUUUCCUUAAAGAAAACGUACUGUAAAUUAUUGAAACGUCUUUCUAUCCUGCCAUCAAACCAAAUAAUUGCCAUUUGCAAGAUCUGGUACUAAGUCUACUGCUGUAUACGUACUGAAUAGUUGUAUAGAAGUGUGUUUUAACAAAGCACUUUGUAUAUAUUUAAUCAUUUUUUGCCGAAGAAUGGUAUAUAACUUAAUGAACUGUACAUUUGAUUACAAGGUCAUUUUUAAACUCCCUGUUACUGUAGCAUGCUUUGAAGAGGUACGUUUUAGGCAGAUUUUUAAAAAACUAUUAAUGGACGAGGGGCAAAUUAAUUUUACAGUAUAAUGUGUCGCAUUUGUACAGCACAGACUUUAAGUUAAAAAACUGACAGGCUGAUUACACUGUGUAACAAAAAAAUAUUUUUGUUUUGUUCCUGGGUAGUAAGGGUUAUUUCCUAAUUGCU